AUGAACGGAUCUACGAGAUUCCCCACUGUCCCUAUCUGCUAUCUAAAUGAAACCACAGCCAAGGAAACGGGCUUGGAACGAUCGGCGGGGAAAGAAGACCCUGUUGAGCUCGAAUCUAGUCCGACUCGAACAUGUCGUCGCGGUCAUCGGACGUGCGUCGUACGCGUAACCGUGGUAAGCGAACAAAGAUGGUGCGGUUUAUGCGGCUACGCGGGUCUGUCGGCGCCGGCCAGCGGCGUUCACUCGUCGGCGUUGCCGUCGUCGCCUAAAGGGCUCCGCGUCGUCAUCGCUCCGUCUCGCCAUCAUUGUCUUUCCCCGACAUCGCGCGUUCGCCUCCUCUUCCUUUCCCCUCCUACCGUAUCUUGCGACCCUACUUCACCUACCUCCGUGUCCAUCUUCGUGUCCGUUUUGCGCGCGUGCGCGGUCGGCGGUUUCUCGUUCAAGGGUGCUCUUGACCGAGUGUCCGCGGCGGCCGCUCUGAGCAGGAUUUCUUUUUGCUCUCUCUCUCUCUCUCUCUCUCUCUCUCUCUCUCUCACACUUACUCUUUCUCUCUCUCUCACACACACACACACCUAUCCGCGUUCUUCGCCUUUUCUUUUAGUUUCUCUCUGUCGCCAUAUGGUCUCUUUUCUUUUUCCCUUUUUGACCCUGACGCCAUAUGCUCUUCCCUUUCUAGUCUAUUUGUCACUUUCGUUUCUCGUUCGCCCUGCCACCAUACGCUCUUUUGUUUCUCUCUCGCUCGCUCGAACGCGCGCCAUAUUCGUUUUUUUUUCUCUCUACCGCCAUAUGCUCUUUCGUUUCCCCUCUCUCCCCAUGUCGCCAUAUGAUCUCUCUUAUCUCUGCCUCUCUCCAUCGUCUCUCUCUCUCUCUCUCUCUCUUUCGUCCCUCUCUCGCCUCUCCCUCUCUCUCUCUUGUCUCUCCCUUUCCCUCUCUCUCUGCCCCCAUAUACUCUCUCGUUUUUUCUUUAUCCCUGUCAUGUAG